UUUCAGAUUAUGGAGCUCUGUGGUGCAACAAGACUUGGCUAUUUUGGAAGAAGUCAAUUUUACAUUGCUUUGAAACUUGUUGCUGUGGCCCAAUCUGGUCUCCCUCUAAGAGUGGAAAGUUUAAACACAGUAAAGGACCUCCCUCUUCCCAGAUUUGUUGUGUCAAAGAAUGAACAAGAGUCAAGACACACAGCUUUGUAUUCUUCAGAUGCCGAUAACCCAGCUUCAUAUUCAGGUGUGAUUCCUCCUCCACCUGGCAGGGUACAAGUCAAAAAAGGCUCCGUGAGCCAUGAUGCAGUUCAGCAACGUACAUCAACUGAUCAACAGGAGUCCACAUCUCCAGUUGUUUCACCACAGCAAUCCCCACCAACCUCUCCACAUACAUGGAGGAAGCACAACCGCCAUCCCAGCGGAGGGAAUAAUGAACGGCCUCUUGCUGGACCUGGGCCUUUUUGGGCUCCAUUUAGCGAAGCACAACCAGGCUCAUCUACUUCUAGUGAUCCCAUAUGGUCUGGGCAUUCACCACCACCCCAUCAAGAAAAUUGGGUCAGUUUUGCAGAUACCCCACCAACCAGUGCUCUUUUAGCCAUGCAUCCUGCUUCUGUCCAGGACCAGACAACAGUGCGAACUGUAGCAUCAGCUACAACAACAAAUGAAAUCCGUAGGCAAUCAAGUAGUUAUGAUGACCCUUGGAAAAUAACUGAUGAACAAAGGCAGUAUUAUGUUAAUCAGUUUAAAACCAUUCAACCUGAUCUAAAUGGAUUUAUACCAGGAUCUGCAGCUAAAGAAUUUUUCACUAAGUCAAAACUACCUAUUCUUGAACUUUCUCAUAUUUGGGAACUCUCAGAUUUUGAUAAAGAUGGUGCACUGACAUUGGAUGAGUUCUGUGCUGCAUUUCAUCUGGUAGUUGCUAGGAAGAAUGGGUAUGAUUUGCCAGAAAAGUUACCUGAAAGUUUAAUGCCCAAACUGAUUGAUUUAGAAGACUCAACUGAAGUUGGGGAACAGACUGGUGAGGUAGGUUACUCCAGCUCUCCAGCAGAAGCACCUCCAAGCAAGUCUCCAUCAAUGCCAUCCCUAAACCAGACCUGGCCAGAAUUGAAUCAGAGCAGUGAGCAGUGGGAGACAUUUAGCGAACGCUCUUCAAGCUCACAAACUCUGACCCAAUUUGAUUCUAACAUUGCACCAGCUGAUCCUGAUACUGCAAUUGUACACCCAGUUCCAAUAAGAAUGACUCCAAGCAAAAUCCACAUGCAGGAAAUGGAGCUUAAAAGAACUGGAAGUGAUCAUGCUAACCCUACUAGCCCACUACUUGUGAAACCACCUGAUCUCCCAGAAGAAAACAAAAUGAGUUCAUCUGUAAAAUUCACAGCUGGAAAUACAGUUAAUGGUUACAGCAGUUCAGACUCCUAUACUUCAGAUCCAGAGCAAAUUGGAAGCACCGUAAUACGGCAACGAUCCCAUUCAGGAACAUCUCCAGAUAACACUGCACCACCGCCACCCCCUCCAAGGCCUCAUCCGUCUCAUUCUCGAUCAUCAUCUUUAGAUAUGAACAGAUCCUUUUCAGUCACCCCAGGACAGCAACAGGCUGGAGUUGUUGCCUAUCCCCCUGCAGUGCCUCCAAGACCACAGCCUUCACAGGGUGCAGGUCCUCAUGUGCAUCGCCCAGUAGAUGCUGAAGGCCUAAUAGCUCAUACCAAUACCUCACCUCAACAAAUACCAGAACAGCCAAAUUUUGCAGACUUCAGCCAGUUUGAGGCAUUUGCUGCUUCAGGUGUGAACAAAGAGGAAGAAGAUGAAAUUGAAACACACUCAGAAGUCUUGCAGGUUGAAAAGCCGUCUGAUUCUGCAAGUUCUCUUAGAGUUGCCAAAGCAGAUGGAAGAGUUGAAGACAAAGCUCCUGCUAAUGUCCCCACUAGUGUGAGUAAAGGCACUACUCCACUUGCUCCACCACCAAAGCCUAUUCGCAGAAGAUUAAAAUCAGAAGAUGAGCUAAGACCUGAAGCUGAGGAACUUUCACAGAAAACAGGUGUCAUAGCUGCUGUUCUUGCUUCACAGCCAUCUAUUCCUAGAUCAGUGGGAAAAGACAAGAAGGCAAUUCAGGCAUCAAUCAGGCGUAACAAGGAAACCAACACUGUUUUGGCCAGAUUGAAUAGUGAACUGCAGCAACAACUAAAGGAUGUUCUUGAAGAGAGGAUCUCCCUGGAAGUCCAACUGGAACAACUUCGACCCUUCUCUCACCUCUAAGCCUACUGCCGUUAACUGUGAAUUUACUAAUUUUGAAAGGGGUGUUGGUUUCAAAGCCUAUUUAAAGAUCCAUGCAUCUAGCUCAGUGCACUGUAUUCUACAUUAAAUGUUGUGGUUCUGUUUGGUCAAUUUGUCCACUUUUGUAUUUAAGUAUUUUAUUUCAGUACAGAGAAAAAAAAACAAACCUUUUUCCUUGAAUGUGACACUGCCUCUCACAUCAUUUUCUGUGGGCAUCCCUGAUCUUCAUUGGACUUGAGUUUGCAGAGUUUGUCGCCAAAAUUUCCAACUGGAAUUUUUUAGUGGUUUCUUUUUUUUCCCAUUAAAACACUGUUGCAGAAGAGGAUUGCUAAUCAACUUACUUUAAACUUUAAGCACAUAAACUCUUCUUUUGUUAUGGCAUUUAUUUUAUUGUGCCAGAAAAGAGAAAAACUAGUAAUGUCAUUAGCCAAUGUUACUUUCCAAGCUGCCUUUCACAAUUGGAAAGUUGUUCACAAUUGUAGAAAGCCUGCCUCUCCGCAAUAAACCCACUAAUCCAGGUUGACAGAGUUCUUGCAGGCUAUUUGCCGUAUCAUCUGGAUUUGAUUUUGGUUUUGUUGCAUACAUUACAGAGUAUGUAACCACAGAUUGCCAGGUGUUCACAUUUUAUCCAUUCAUGGUCCUGAUUCAGCUGCAUGUGUAUAAAGAUCUAGGGUACAAUUGGUAGUCUCUCAAACAGACCUUUUUCAGUCCUCCCUUUGUGAAAUGUUGGGUGUAAAUCCCCAGCAUAUUAAUUACACAUUCCCUAAGCACCACCUGUAAUUGCAUGUUUCACACAUUACCUUUUAGUAACAGAUCACAUCCACCAGUCUUCACUAUAACAAAUUGUACUGUCAAGUAACGUGUCAAUACCUCUAUGAACUUCUACUUCCCAGCAAAAA